AUGGCGGCUUCCUCCAUCGCCACCGUACAGAAGACGGUUCGCGUCGCAGCUGCUCAGAUGACGUCGGUGAAUGAUCUGAUGGCCAAUUACGCCACCUGCUCUCGUCUCGUACAAGAAGCAGCCUCGGCCGGUGCAAAGCUGAUUUGCUUCCCUGAGAACUUUUCCUACGUUGGAGAUAAAUUAGGGGACAGUGUGAAAAUUGCUGAAGCAUUAGAUGGACCUGUGAUGCAACGGUAUUGCUCUCUAGCAAGGGAUUCAAAUAUAUGGUUGUCUCUUGGAGGCUUCCAAGAGAGAUUUGACGAUACCCAUUUGUGCAAUACACAUGUUGUGAUUGAUGAUACUGGGAUCAUCAGAAGCACUUAUCAGAAAAUGCAUUUGUUUGAUGUUGAUGUUCCUGGUGGAAGUUCAUACAAGGAGAGCAGCUUUACAGUUCCAGGGACAAAAAUUGUUUCCGUAGAUAGCCCUAUUGGACGCUUAGGCCUUACUGUAUGCUACGAUUUGAGAUUUCCUAAGAUUUAUCAGCAACUGAGAUUCGACCAGGAAGCUCAGGUUUUACUUGUACCAUCAGCUUUCACAAAGGUCACUGGGGAGGCACACUGGGAGAUUCUUCUUCGAGCCCGAGCAAUUGAAACCCAAUGUUAUGUCAUAGCUGCUGCUCAAGCUGGGAAGCAUAAUGAGAAAAGAGAAAGUUACGGGGACACACUUAUCAUUGAUCCGUGGGGAUCUGUGGUUGGAAGAUUACCUGAUCGUGUUUCGACUGGCAUUGUCGUGGCAGAUAUUGAUUUCUCACUGAUUGACUCGGUGAGAACAAACAUGCCACUUGACAAGCAACGGCAGUCGAUAGAUCUCUGA